GAGGAGUAAAGAUGGCGGCGCGGGGGUCUCCGCCUUCUGCUCCCGGCUGAAGCGCUCUCAGAGAGGCAGCAGCGGCAAGGCGCGGGAGCCCCCGCGUCCGCUUCGAGGACGGUGCUGUCUUCCUGGCCGCCUGCUCAAGCGGGGACACGGACGAGGUGAAAAAGCUUCUAGCGAGAGGCGCUGAUAUCAACACGGUCAACGUGGACGGCUUGACAGCCCUGCACCAGGCCUGUAUUGAUGAAAAUCUGGACAUGGUGAAGUUUCUGGUGGAGAACAGAGCCAAUGUAAACCAGCAAGACAACGAGGGCUGGACACCCCUCCAUGCGGCAGCUUCCUGUGGCUAUCUGAACAUAGCAGAGUAUUUCAUUAACCAUGGCGCCAGUGUGGGUAUUGUGAAUAACGAAGGUGAAGUCCCCUCUGACCUUGCGGAAGAGCCAGCCAUGAAAGAUCUUCUUUUGGAACAAGUAAAGAAGCAAGGAGUUGAUCUAGAGCAGUCAAGAAAAGAAGAAGAGCAGCAGAUGUUGCAGGAUGCCCGCCAGUGGCUCAACAGUGGGAAAAUCGAGGAUGUGAGGCAGGCUCGCUCAGGGGCCACAGCCCUCCACGUGGCUGCUGCCAAGGGCUACUCUGAAGUCCUCAGACUUCUAAUUCAGGCUGGCUAUGAACUCAAUGUUCAAGAUCAUGAUGGCUGGACCCCACUCCAUGCUGCUGCACACUGGGGAGUGAAGGAGGCCUGCUCCAUCCUGGCAGAAGCACUCUGUGACAUGGAUAUCCGGAACAAGCUGGGCCAGACACCAUUUGAUGUGGCUGAUGAGGGUCUUGUGGAACACUUAGAGAUGCUCCAGAAGAAGCAGAAUGUGCUUCGAAGUGAAAAGGAAACGCGGAAUAAACUCAUUGAGUCAGACCUGAACAGCAAGUUGCAGAGUGGACUCUUUAAGAACAAAGAGAAGAUGUUGUAUGAGGAGGAGACACCCAAGUCUCAAGAAAUGGAGGAAGAAAACAAAGAGUCCAGCAGCUCUAGCUCCGAGGAGGAAGAAGGUGAAGAUGAAGCUUCUGAGUCAGAAACUGAGAAGGAGACAGAUAAAAAGCCAGAAGCCAUUGUCAACCAUUCCAGCUCUGAAAAUAAAAUUAGUAUCACGGAGCAGAUACCACCACCAGCUCAGAAUACCUUCUCUGCCUCUUCUGCUAGGAGAUUCUCCUCCAGCCUUUUUAAUAAGCCGGAAGAGCCCAAAGAUGAAUCUCCUUCUUCAUGGAGAUUGGGUCUCAGAAAAACUGGCAGCCACAACAUGCUAAGUGAGGUGGCUAAUUCCAGGGACGCUCCACGGGACCGAGGCUCUUCCAUCUACCGCUCCUCGUCAAGCCCCCGGAUUUCUGCUCUCUUGGACAACAAAGAUAAGGAGAGAGAAAACAAAAGCUAUUUUAGUUCACUAGCACCCCGGAGGCUCAGCAGCACAAAUGACAUUGAAGAAAAGGAGAACAGAGAAUCAGCUGUUAAUCUAGUGAGGAGUGGCUCCUAUACCCGGCAGCUGUGGAGGGAUGAGGCCAAGGGAAAUGAAACCCCACAGACAAUUGCUCCUUCCACCUAUGUAUCUACCUACUUGAAAAGUGCUUCAUUUGGUAGAAGUAGUGACCCCACAAGUCCCUACAUUUCAGCCAAUCGCAAUUCAUCUCCUGCUACCUCACCCAUUACCAUUGGUUCAUCUACCUCUCGGGGCAGCCAGUGGCAACCUGCCUCUUCUUGCCCUGCACCAGUCAGUACAAACACUACUGCAUCUGUACAUCAUGGCAGGACUCCUUACAAAUCCCAGGCUGACUCGACAGCAGAGAAAACAGCAGACAGCAUCUCUUCUAGCACCCCACUCUGCGUGAUCACCAAUCGCCCUCCACCCAGCACUGCCAAUGGGGUUACACCUGCCACCGUGCUCUCCACUGCUGGGACAGAAUCCUCUGGGGAAGCCAGGGAGAAGAGGAGGUCCUAUCUAACUCCGGUACGGGAUGAGGAAGCAGAGUCUUUACGGAAAGCACGCUCUAGACAAGCUCGGCAGACUCGAAGGUCUACUCAAGGUGUUACCCUGACGGACCUUCAAGAAGCAGAAAGGACUUUCAGCCGGUCGAGGGCUGAGAGGCAAGCUCAAGAGCAGCUCAGUGAGAAGCCCCAAGACGCUGCAGGACUUGAAGGAAGCACUGAGGAGCAUGAGUCCUCAGCAGCCCCAGCAAAGGAAGCCGGGGAGGACCAGCAACCCUGGGGCCGGAGUCCAAGUGAAGAGCCUGUCUAUCGUCGCCUGAGGUGUCCAGCUCAGCCAGACAAACCCACCACACCUGUGUCUCCUUCUGCAUCAAGACCCUCACUAUAUACCAGCUCACAUCUGCUGUGGACAAGUAGACCUUCAGUCCCCACUUCUGAGAGUUCAGAGACCACCACAGACACCACAGCCGCAAAGGACAUGGACAAAAACGAGAGUGAAGAAGCAGAUUUGGAGGAUCAGUCCUCUAAUAGGCUGUCCAUCCGAGAGAGGAGGCGGCCCAAGGAACGGCGAAGAGGCACGGGCAUCAACUUCUGGACAAAGGAUGAAGAUGAAACCGAUGGCUCUGAAGAGGUCAAAGAAACACUGCAUGAAAGACUUUCUAGGUUGGAAUCAGGAGGCAGUAACACUUCAACCAGCGACCCUUACAGUGACCGGGCCUCAGCAAGAGCCCGGCGGGAGGCCCGGGAGGCCCGUCUAGCCACCCUGACCAGCCGUGUGGAAGAGGACAGCAACAGGGACUACAAAAAACUCUACGAGAGUGCCCUAACUGAAAACCAAAAACUGAAAACAAAACUUCAGGAGGCCCAGCUAGAGCUAGCGGAUGUAAAAUCCAAGCUUGAGAAGAUGGCCCAGCAGAAACAGGAGAAGACCUCUGACCGAUCCUCAGUGCUGGAGAUGGAGAAACGGGAGAGGCGAGCCUUGGAGCGGAAAAUGUCGGAGAUGGAGGAAGAGAUGAAGGUGUUAACAGAGCUGAAAUCCGACAACCAGAGGCUGAAAGAUGAAAAUGGUGCCCUCAUCAGAGUCAUCAGCAAACUGUCCAAAUAGACUAGGCUGCUGGUUUAGGAGGGAUGGGGCACCUGCUGCUUCCCACCCCCCUUCCAGCCAUUGCCUUCCACCUAAAAAAAGUGAAUGUUUGGUGGAAGGACACCUCUUUCAGGCCCUCUCCGGUCACCUCCUCUGCACUGUACAUUUCUCUGCACUCCUGAUGCCCCAUCCCUCCUACACCUCACCCCGAGUUUUAUGACAGUUUAAUUCAAGCAUGAUUGUGAUUAUUCAAGCCAUCUGGAGAAGACCUUGGGGACUGCACCAGGCUCAGCUGUGGACCCCCAACUUCCUGCUGCUCAGCUAUUUUGUCCACAUUGGAUUUGGUCCAAACCUGCCGGGCUUCUACCCAAACCAGUACUCCACAGCCUUUUACACCAACCCAGUGUCCUCUGAUAGAGGUGAGUCUGGUGGUGGCCACGUCAGGAUCCCGUCUGGGGCGCAGGAGAAGCAGCAGGGUCUGGCAGCCUCUGGAGCUGUGUUCCUCUCACAGUCCAUGGUGACAGCGACUCUGCAUUGAGGCUCCCUGUUCUUCGCCUCUCAGGAACUGACUUAUCUGUAUUUUUACUGUCUACAAGCUGGGAACAGCCCUGACUAGUUUAGCCCCUGUUCCUUCCUCAUGCCUAGCCCUUCCUCCAAGGCUCAGAUGGCUUCAUUUCUUUCCUUUCUAUCUUUUUAUCCUUUCUCCCACCCAGCCUUCAGCCGGUGGUAGAAAAGCUGGAACAGAGCACCUCGCCUCAGUCGUCUUUGGCUGUUAAGAAAGUCGUUGCUCUGGAGACAGAGAAUGUUCACGCAGGUGCCUUGUGGUGGCACCACUAGCCUGCUCCCUGCAGAGCCAGAGCACGGCCCAGGGCCCAGCCCGCUGUCCUCACCCCUGCUUGUCUUCGCCAUACACAGUGAUUUGCUUUCCUAGAACAUCUGGGCUGGCCCUCCUGUGACGUUGGUUUCCUCUCUACACUCUGUCACCUGUCCCAGAUGAGAAAUGAAAUCACUACAAGAGGUGGGCAGGGUCGGAAUGGCAGAUCAUUGGGAGGCAGAUGGGGGGAGCAGCUAGAAAGUGGAGUGUCCGAGGACACUCGCUGUGGGGCAAAGGAGACAAGAUAGCCGCUGUGCUGGGCGUGGCGGUGACAGUGAUCGUUUCCGGUGGUUGCUUUUACUGAGAGAGAGACGUUUGCUUUCUUAGAAACUAACAGGGAAAUGACUUGGUAAUAGAGGUUUGAAGGGAUGAGGUGCUUUCCACCCAUUGCAGGUCAUGGACUUUUGGAAUGGCAGGGCCCACAGUCAUCUGGUCCAGCUCUACACAUUGCGUCAUAGGAACCCCUGCUGUCACAGCUUUACCCUGUCAUCAGGCGGCCUCUGGUGGCUGUGCAUUGAUCCCUCUAAUAGCCAGAAUUUUUCCUGACAUGAGCUGAAGUCUGCUUGGGGAUCCUCCCGUGGUGCAGGUCUGCCCUCAUGGCUCUGCAGCGUGACGGCCCAUCAGAUGCAUGCUGUUGGCGGUCUCCCUCACCCUGACUCUGCACCAGCUCUGAAGAGCCAUUUCAGCUCUUCCUCACGUGACAUGCUCUUCAUGCCAGUCACAUCUUGGCUAUUCUCCUUGACACAAAAGCAGCCUUUUAAAAUAUGCCCAGACCUGGACAGAAUACUCCAUAAAUUCAGUGCAAAGUUAAGCCGUUGGUCCCUGAUGAUGCAGUACUGAUAAGUACAGUAUUUGCUGUUUGCAGGAGCUCUGUCCAUUGGCUGUAUCAUUUGAAGUGUGCAGGUCAUUUAAAUCCUCCUCACUUUAGGGUUGCUGGUAACAUUCCGUGCUUAAAGUGGUCCAUUCUCUUAAGAUACACUACAUCUGUCUGUCUGUUUCUUUCCCAAAAAUGACAGCGAGCCUCUGAAACAUUACAUACUUUUUAAACCAGAAGUUAUUUAAGAUCUCAAUUCCAGAACAGGAGAUAAGUCUUCUCCAGCAGAAUCCUGUUUUGACAGUAUAGAGAAUUCCAGCUUUCAUUUCCACCCUUUUCCAAGGGAAGUGAAUACCCUCUUAGAACUUUGAUCAUGGAGCACUGCAGGUGUAACGCUCAGGGAACGCCGAGUUAGAGUAAGCAGUCUCAUACUUUCAGCUCUAAGCAUUUCCUUCGUUCUAGGGCGAGGACGUCAGCACAAGGUGUUGACUAAUCGACUCUUGGCACGUCUUAGUUUUGAGGGAGAGGGGACCCCCACCUCCUUCUCAGGAAAAGAAGAUGGUCUUAGUAAGAAAACGUCCUGACAGCCUUCCAUUCAGUGGGCCAGGCAAAGGCCUUGCAGCUCCCUCAGACCGGUGUGUGCCUUUUGAGCAUUGGAGGCAGACUCUGAAACCUUCGGUGGAUGUUACACCCCUGCUGCUUCGCAUGGCCCUUCUGUGGUAGAGGUACCUCUCCCCUGUGGCCAGAAACCUGUAAGCUUUCAGUCUCAGGAAUAUUAGAUUCUAUGGCCAAGAUCUCAUCAAAGUGUCCACCAUCCUAGGUUAAUUUCUCUUAUGCAGUUAAUAUUUUUAGACAGAUAAAUUCUGAAUUCUGGUCUCUCUCCAGAGAAUAAAGUGUCACUUUGUCACAGCAGUACUGAUGGGAAGCUCCCUGGGGGGUGGCUGUAAGCCUUUUAAGAGCCAGCUGUUGUGCCUGGCAUCGGCAGCCAGCAGCCGAGUGCUGUCUGGCUAGUUACCUGCUGUUGGUCUCAUCAGUGGCCUCAGAUCUCCAGACCUCACCUGCUCACCUGAGUGCUCUGGGGCUCCCCAGGUAGCUCAGUCUGCCUGAGCAGCAGUAGGCCUGGCCAGCGGUGUGGGGCUCAGGCUUGGCCCUUUAGGGUCUAUUUUAAAUACAUCAGAAUGGGGAAGAGAAUGUUCUGGAUACGGCUUUACACCCUCUGUUCUGUUCAUUUGAUAUUUUUCAAAAACCAGGCCACACCUUUGGGAGUCAUGAUUUGGCCAUUCCAGAGAUUCUCUGGCUAAGGUUUGCCUGUUUGUCUUCAAAGGGCUGCUGAUCCUUUUCCAAAUAGCGCUAGGGUGUGCUGACCCCAGCCCCAUCCCAGUCUCUAGUGUAGGGCUUAUGCAAAUCUCAGGGUGUUACCUCUAAAGAAUCUAAGUGGUAGACAUGCCUGGGGUUUACUCAGUGUACUAAAUUCUCUCCUGGGCAAGAAUCAUUUGAUAGUUCCUAAAACCUCCCAGUCUUUUCUGUCCAGCUGCAGGAUGUGUUUGCUUCUCUGCUGGGCUGCCCCUGGUUUCUGCCCACCACCCCAUGUGUAAAGAACCCUAGAUGCAGGGGCUGCUCUCUGAGGCCACGGCAGGGUUGUACAUCCCUGUCUGGAACACUGCACACAGCCCCUUGCCCCACACACAGCAUAAGCUCACGCAGGAAGCAAGAGGUUCAAACCUCACUUAAUAGCCUAUAGACUAUUAAGUGUGUGUCAUGUGAACUACGGACUGGUUCUUCACCAGGGGCAUUUAAUUGAGCCAGAGAUGAGAGAAGAAGGAACUCAAAGCCAUGUAAGUUGUUAGGUCUCUGGUCUCUGGAUUUCUGGCUCCUUUGCAGGCUCUGCUGCUGCAGAGAAGGCCCCAUGUUUUAGGCCCACCUUACUACAGAAGAAGGUCCAGACAGUGUCCAUGCUCGCUAGGAGGUGGGCGAGGGAACACUGCAAAAUGUCACCAGUUCUCUGCCCUGCACCUCAGGAGGGAAAGCCUAAAGGACUGAGCAUCUAAGCCAACAGGAGAAAGGAUUUCUAGUUCUCCCCCACCGGAGGAGCCCCUGGGCACACUGGAGCUCAGCAGUGAGGCAACCGCAGGAGCCUGGUGUCCUCAGGCACCAUCUCGCCCUGGCACUGCCCUGGGUCUAAACACACAGCUGCCAGUCAGAGGUGGCCAGAUCUGGGCUCAGUUACCACUACAGAGCUUGGUCACCAGGGCUGGUUUUCAAGGCAGGUUCUGACCUCUCAAAGGAUGUGAGUUCCUCUGGCCCAAUAAGCAGUGCAGCUGUGAGAGCAGAAUAAGGCAGCAUGGGAGGACAGACCCCAGGCCAGAACAUUGGCAUGCCCGGCCCUGCGCAGCCUCUGCUUAACCGUGUGACCUUGAACAAGGCGCCUUUCCUGUCUGCAAAUGAAGCUCUUUGGACUAGAUAAUCCUUAAGAUCCCUUUGGCUGUGGUCUGCUCAUUCUUCAGAAGAUCAGGACAUCUCUUAAACUUCAAAUUUCUGCUUCAAAAGUUUUUCUAUCUUCAGAAAUCAAGAGCAAAAAUUGUUGUCUUCUUCCAGAUUCAAACUGUUUAACAUCAGUAUGUGAAGGCUGACUCCUCACCCUUACUGGAAAGUGAAUUUAAUACUAAGGGUAAUUGAGUGGUGUCGCAAUUGCUUUCCCUUUUAAUGACUUGGUAAGAAUAUUAAAACCCGCAGGAGUGGAAAUUGGAGCUCUUGGGGAAAUGGGUAGAGAGCAAUUUGUUGCAGGCAGCCUGUGGACAGUGUUUUAAUAGGAAGUCGAGCUGCUGCUUCGUAGGUUUCCCCAGCCACCUGGCCUCGCUUUCUCAAGUCUGAGCCACAGCAACUCUCACGUCUGAGCAGGAGACUCGUGUUUCUGCUUUGUACCAGCUAGUUCAGUCUCGAACUCUGCCCAAGAGCAGCAAGAGAACCCCCAGUAAAAACCUCAAGCUUUAGUUCCACUGAGCUCCUCCACUGGAUUUUGAACUAUGAGAAAUAGGAGGGUCUGGUGCUGUUCAAGAUGGUCUUUCCUUUGAAGCAGGUCCACGGAGGAGACUACCAAAGCAGGAAGCGUACGCAAAGCCGGCGUCCACUCAGCCGUAUUGCGUAGAACAGCACGUGGCUCUCGCAAGACUCCUGCAGGAUUGGCUGUGAGUGGAAGUGGAGGUGGCCUGGGUGCUGUGGUGGGAAGAAAGCAGGUCAGGGGCUUGGAAUACGGAGCAGGAUGGAGGCUGCAAGCCUACAAGCUGGGGGAAGAGAUUUCAUGGAAGCAAAGCUUGGGCAGAGAAGCGAGUUCUGUCUCACUAGGGACUGUGUCCCUCAGCCUCCAGCUGAGCGGAGAUUUUAAUCAGCUCCCCUAAUGAGUAUUGACACUGCCGGGGAGCAGUAGACCCUAUCAGGGACAGCUAUCGAUUCCUUGUGUUCUGAUUAGGUUGGAAAAUA